AUGGAACACAAUAAUUGCGGUGGCGUAACGAAAAAAAAAGACGUAGGCUGGGAGUUAGGCAAAAUCCUCCGGCGACCCCUCAUCAGAACGGCGUCGACGUCUACAAGGAUGAAGACGUCGCCGACGAUGGACCGAAACCCUCAAUCCGACACGAGACGCGGAUUUGUGAUGACGGUUCAGUCACUCUUCUAUUCUUCCUCUUCCGGAGAACUCUCCCUUUUUUUCUCAAUCAUUUUUUUUUUUUUGAUUUUUUUGAUUCUUUUUUCUCUUCGAACAAAUGUCGGUAUUUACACUGAUGCAACGUAAUUUCAUUAUAGUCUACUCUACUAACUAAUAAUUUUUGUGAAAGUUUGCAAAUCUCUGAAAACUGAUUGAAAACAAACUGAUUCCUUAAAUGAUAGCCUAAGCCUACCAAGUUGAUUCAUCAUAAGCAUAACGAAAUUUUAUAAUAUCAAGCAAUCGGAUCUUAAAACUCUUUAUAUUUGUUCUUUUAAAAAUAAUUUUGCGAAAAAAUUAUCGCAUCAAAAAUUACUUUAAUAAAAAAUAAGACCAUUUUCUACCGAACUGUGUGAAUGGGCCAUUGAAUAACAGUAAAAGUAACCAAUUGAAGUUUUAAAAAUUGAAGUUUAGUGAAGAAAAAGUUGAGGUCUUUAGCUAGAAGCAAAAAGCUCUCUUGACUCUCUUGUCUAACGGACUGUAUUAUAGAAUCUAUUACUAUUCGAAAAAAUCUACCUCGUGUUUGAGCAAAGGCUAUUCUGAAAAGUUUGCUACACCGUUUUUCGUCCUCACGACAACACCAGGAGGAAGACCAACUGGAACAAACCAGCUUCAGUCUCACCUUUUUAUUCUUUUUCCCACUUCCUUUUCUCACUGUUAUAUCCUUCGACCUUAUUCCAUCCAAACCGACUGAACAAAAACUGUUUGCUUUAUCGCCUCGUUUUACUGACCCGAGGAGCGAGUUAUGAACGGCGCCGCGGUGGACCUCACUUAGUAGUCCUAAUUUUUGCUUUCGACGCCCUAUAAAUGUGCUUGAGACCCGAGUUGUUAACGGAGGUUAUGGCAUUCUUGGCCCAAACCGUUCCUGGAACUAACUUUUUUCUGAGUCCAAGCUUUUUUUUUCAGUUUUUCUGUGUCUUAGAAUUUUCAGUGGUAAUUUUUUUUACAAUUUACUGAUCAAAAAUUGUUCUGUGACUGCUCUUUUUGCGUUUUUCACAAUUGCAUAAGUCGCGAGAAUUGUCAAAAAGUCGAUAAAAGUGAAUAGUUCCUUUUUUUGACGAAAAUGGCUUAAAUCAUUCUUUGAGCCAUUCCCAGCUUUAAAAACUCUAUUUAUUAAGCACCUCAAAUUUUUUAGACAUUGAAACUAGAAGAUGUUUUUCUCAAACCUCUUUGAAAGUAUAGGCUAAAUCCAUUUUAUCAUUUGAAGUUCACUUCUUUUCAUUUCAUGGAACAAAUAGAUACAUUCGGCAAAUUAUUUUCAGAGGCCAUAUGGAAUUAGAAAAAAAGGAUAAAGCAAAAGCUCCUCCAACUGAUUGUAAAAUUUUUUCGAAUUCUCAAAGUUUACUUUGCUGAAAAAGUGUCCCUUUUUAUAUUUUUCUCUUCAUCUAGCAGCCAUCGGAAUGUCAUCUCAUUGCUCAUGUUAACGUCCAACUUUCACAUUCCCAGCCAGCCAAUCCGAUCCAAUUUUUGCAUGGUGCCCUUUCACCUUGUCGCCCAACGCCUUCCCCUCAAAAACGCGAGGGAAACCCCGCCUCCCCCGGUCGCUUUCUUCCGCCGAAAUCUCGACAAUCCUUCUCAUAUCGCUUCUUGUCCUUCUACUCUUACCCUUUCCUGAAAAUUAAAAAUCACCUAGAAAUAUUCAGAAGACGUCCGAUGAGGACGCUGACGACCUUGACGUUGGCGUUGUUCUGGUGCUUCGGCGUCGCCUCGGGUCAUGCUAUUCUGGAAAAUUAUGAGCGGAAGUUGAACAAAAUCCUACAGACUUCUGGCACAAGGACUGUUAAGAGGUAAGUCGAAAAACUACCCUCUUUCUCAGAAAGUUCCAUAACUUUGUCUCUUUUUUUUUAACUUCGAGUGAAUUCUUUGAAGAGAAUCUUGAAAAUUCUCCAUAUUUAGAGAGCUUUUGUUUUCUAUGAUGUGAGAAAUUUCAAGGACUUAAUUCGAAAACUGAAGAAAAGUCCAUCUGAACAGAAAAGUGUUGAGUUUCCUUUAUUCUACCUUCCUAGCUUUCAAGAGAAAAACAACAACUUUUUUUCAAAAUAUUCCACUCGAUAACUUCCAUCACAUUAUCAAACUUCUCAACCGAUUUCUUCAGUUGAAAAAUUUCCUAUUAAUAUACUCUUUAGAUUUAAAAAAACAUUUUUUAAAAUUUUUUUCUAUUUAUUUCAAAAACUUUUUCAAAAUGUUUCAUUUCUCUUUUUUUAUUUUUCAUUGAAUGGAAACCAAGUUUUGUUCCUCCACGACUUUCCUUCUUCGAAAAGUCCGAAACUCCAAAAAAACACGACCAACCUUGAAAGAGACUAUUUCGACAAAUCAACAAUGUUUAUCUUGGCAGAAAAAGCCGCGAAGAUCGCGAUAAGCAACUCGCGAAAUCGGGAUAUUUCUCCUUUGUUUCCUUCACUUUCCGAAACCUGCAACUCAUUUAUCAUAUUCCAAAAAUAACGGAGGAAUCAAAUAAAGAUUUCCGUUUGACGAAAUCGGGAAAUUGAUAGAAAAAAAUAAGAUGUUAAAAAAAGAAAAAUUAAACAAUGAUUUUUUUAUGUUUUUUUCUCCCACCGCCAGUCGGAAAAUUUUUUUAGUUAAAAAGUUGCAAUUGUUAAACUUUGAGAAAAGAAUGAAAAAAAUUGAUAAAUUUUUUUGAAGAAAAAAAUGUUUUUCUGUUUUGCGGGCUUGAUGGCAGCUCACACAUCGACGCAAAAAGGUACCGCUACGCGCAAGUUUGUGGAUAAUAACUUUUUUUCUUCUAACUUCCAAAAAUUUUUUUAAAUCGAGAUAUAGUAUAAAAAAAUUUGCUAUAGAAAUUUUAAAAAAAUAAAUCAAAUUUUUUUUGCGUUUGUGAAUCUUUUAAACCUGAAGAUUUUCUUAAGUUCUUUGUGAUCAAACUAAGUGCUAGCAUUCAUUGCAUGUUAGCAUGCUAACACGGAAUUAAUUUGCGAAACGCUCUCAUUAAAAAAAUAAUGAUUUUUUUAAAUAUUUUUUUAAAUUUAUUUUACAAUUGUGAUUUUUCAUGUCCUUCUCUGCUUUUUUUCAUGCUUAUAAAUUUAAUGUUUUUCAAGAACUUCAAAUCUUGUUUUUUCUUUUCUAUUUUUCAUUUAAGUUGACAUCAAAACUCAAAAGAAAUAAUAAUAAAAUACCUCCAAAAGCGAUUUCUGACCCAAAUAUGGCCCACACGCACGCGAGGCUAAUUCGAUUUGGUUGGUUUCAAGGAGGACAAAAAAAAAAGAAGUUUUAUGAGCCGGCUUAUAAAUGAACAUAAAUCCAUCAAGGUCGCCGCAAUUAGUUCGUUCCUCUCUUUUUUCGUCCUCUCUUUGCUUUUCGACUUUUUCCUUUAAUUUGUGACCGCGGGCGGUGUGUUUUUUAUUACAUUUUCUCCGUUGGAAAACGACUCCGUAAUUGUCACCACGGACGACUUGACCAACGAGAACCGUUGUGACUGGAAUUUUUCUGACUUCAACUUCUGGAAAUUGCUUUUCACAUCCAUAUUCGCUCAUGGCUUUUGGUGAAAAAGUUUUUUCUUUGAAGACAUACUAAAAUAAUCGGUAUCUAAGAGAAGUGUUGCUUUCCUGAAAAAAAAACCCUAUUCCUCUUGGUUAUUUUUCAGCAGCAUUUUUUUUCAGCUUUUUCUUCCAUCUCCAGCCUGAAUUACACAGUAACCGACUUUUUCAAUACCGUGGAUUCCAGGUACAAAUGCGUGGAAGAGUACGUGACAUUGGAUGAUGAUGGAGUUACGGUGGAUUCUCGAAGGGGCGCUCCUUUCCUGACUAGCCGAUUUCCUGGCGGAAAAUUGACUCAAACGACUGUGAGUUUCAAAGUAACUGUUCUACUAAGAUGAUUCAUAGAACUUGAUAUUUUGCAAAAAAAUUUUUGAACGCUCCCUGAAAAAAGAUAUUGAAAAAGAAUCUGUGGAUCUAGACUUUAUUACAGUAAUAGUCAUGCUUUAUACCAACAUCUUACAGAAACCCGAGCACGAAUACGCCACGUCAAGCAUUCGUAGAAAGCCUAGUAAACGGACGAAACCAUCAAAACGCCGAAAGUACAAAGCCUCUGAAGUCUUACCGAUCGUUCGUUUAUUUGAAGUUUCUUGAUUUCAUAGCUCAAAAGCUUCAGGACAUGAUUCCCUCAACUUCAUCCUCCACAACGACGACGACGACGACGACAGAAGAACCGACGACGUCUCCAACGACUUCAGUUCCUUUUGAAGAACUCGACGACGCCGAUGCAGACCGACUCAUCGAGCAACUCUACUUGAAUAAUGUCGUUAGUUUCUCAUAUUUCGAAUUCAUUCAAAAAAUGAAAGAUCUCUUCAGAAUGACGUCCCCCAAACCGCUGACGUUCCUCCAACUUAUUCAACAAUUUCCGAAAAAACAACGGCGACUGAGCCUCCGAAAUCCGCAUUGAACCCACUGAAACCUCAGAAAGUGAAAAAAUUGUGGGUUUUUCCUCUGAAAUAUACCGAAGGGAUGUCAUUUUAGUUGAAAAAUUAGACUUUUCUAUGAUUUUUUUAAACUAUCCCUGAAGGACAAGAUGAAGUUUAUUUCUAAUAGCUACCUCCAAUAAUUUUGAGCUUCGAAUUAAUGUUUUCAGGCCUGAUAUACUGUUAAAAGCGAACUUUGAAAAAUCGCAUCUUUCAAAAAUUUUGCACACACAAGUAGCGACUAUGACAGUGUCCAUCAGGACUUUCAGAAUGUUUUAGUAAAGUUUCAGAAAACUCUAUGCCUUUUUUAAACUUCCAGCCUUCAUGUUGUUCAUAUUACAGGCAUCCCGAAAUUAGACGAGCUCCGCCCUCUACCUUGUCUUCCGCCGCAGAUUCUCGAGAUGCCGAUGACAUCGAACAAGACGACGAAGACUCCUACGAGCGGACCAAGCCGAAACGCGUUUUUCCGGUUUGAAAACAUCCUUUGUUACUGAAAAUGAAGCAGGAGAAGCUUCAGAUGUCGAACGCCAUUUCCGACGACGAGGCCUACGACUACUAUGAAGACGUCAUGUACUACCGGCGGCCGAUGUCGCGAAGAGCUUAUCGUAAGUAACACUAAGUAGUCAAGAACUUUAAAAAUAGGAAAAAGUUGAUGAAUGGGAUCGGGGUUGAAACUAUGAGGAAUGAGUCAAUAUAAAAAGACAUUGUAAGACAUCGGAAGACUUUGCAGCACCACGACUCCGCCGAAGACGUCCCUUGAUCAUUGGAGACUCGUCAAGCGACGCCGACAAGCACAACCACGUGGUGAGCGCCAUUUUGGUGCCUUUUUGACAUUCACCGCUGGCUUGAAACGACACUUGAAGAGGGCCUCACUAAAGUUCAGGAGAAUUUUGUCAGUUUCAUAGGAGAAAUGCUCGAAAAAUUUUUUUUUUUUUCAAAGCUUUUAUCAAUCAGAGCUUCGCUUUUGAAAUCAAUGUUUUAAAAAAAAUUCUCACUCGGAUUCGCUAGUGCAGGCUAGUUUUCACAGGGAAUUCUUCAGCCCCGGGCUGAAAUUUUGAUGAAACUCUGUUCAAGUGUACUCUAGGAAAACUGGGAAAACGUUUCCUUGGGAGUGAAUUACAAAGAGCAGCUCUUCAGACGCACGACCUGCACCCGCUGCGACCGAUGAAGCGUCUGCGGCAUCAGCGACGGAUCAAGCCGUACCGCCCCCGCUCUCACGACGCAGCCCCCAUCACUACCACGGACAUGUAUCCGCCCCCGAUUCCUCAGACGCCACCGGCCUCGCAGGCGCUUCCGCCCAUUUCAGUGAGCACGACUUCUGGAAGCCCGAAUGAGACAUUCUGUUUAAGGACGCUGCUCCUGUUCAAGAGAUGCAGGAGGCGACCCCGGAGAGCUGCGCCAAGAUUGGCGUCCUCGCCAAACGGUUCGGCAUCACCGACGUCUCGACCUGGGCUCGUAGCAAUUGCAGUUUCUUACAGGUACCGUAUUAUUUAUCUGAAAAUGACCAUUCUCAUUAUGAAAUGACGUCAUCUACCAUUUCCUUCUACUCCAAUCACAACAAAACUUUAAGUUUCACCUCAAAAAUUUUUCUUCAGAUCUUCAACUGGCCGUAUUUCUCAUGAAAAUAUCUCUGAAAACCCAAAACACAGUAACCAGUUCAAAUUACAGAUGUACGCUCCAAACGCCAGUUGCGCCUUGAUCUACCACUUUAUCGACUCGUGCCAUCAGAAAAAGUUCAUUUGA